UAAAAGUUACAUUUUGUAUAGCUGUCACUUGUAAGACUCAUCCCGAUUACACAAAAUACUAAUAAAUAUAUAAAAUACAUUAUAUAUAAACAUUAUAUGUAGAAUAUCUGAUAUAUGAACAUAGUGCAUGCUCUGGAAGGCGCUCGGUGCAGCCCUGAAGCAGUUAAACGAAGAGGCGAUAAGCCGGUUGGUGGCCAAUGCCGCUUAGAGCCGGUGCUGCUGGUGCAGUGAAGGAAAAUGUGUCAAUUUUCAUUCAGCGAGAGGCGACAAAGUGCAGCGACCGCCGGGCAAACACACAACGGCGGGAAGCUGCGUUUUGCUCCCCGGUAAAACAUCAGAACAAGGAGAAUCCCAGGCUAGAAACCAAAUUCGCAUCAGACGUGCUUAAUGCUUCUUUUUUUUUUUAGCGUGAAUUGUUAUUCUGCUAUGUCGUUUUAAGCAGCUUCACGCAUGCUUAGCCCGACCUGCCGUAUUAAGAGGUUUUACAUUCUCUGUUUAGCUGCUCGCUUUGAUAAGGCAGGCGUUGGCUGCACGGAAGGCAGGCCUCUGAGCCACAUCCGGAGCAGCACACGGCCAGCGGGUUCCUGAGACAGCAGAAAGCAGAGAAUAGGCAUUUUUCCAGCGUUUGAAGCACGGAAAAUAGUGAUGCUAUAUGAAUGUAUUGCAUGCAUUAUUUGGUGUUUUCUUCUGAGAUAAACAGCUGGAGGCGGAAGCGGUCGUCAUGGCGACUCCGGAACCUCUGACGCCUCUCUCGCGCUGGUACCUCUACGCCAUCCACGGCUACUUCUGCGAGGUGAUGUUCACGGCCGCCUGGGAGUUCGUGGUCCACUGCAACUGGAAGUUCCCCGGCGUCACCAGCGUGUGGGCUCUCUUCAUCUACGGCACGUGCAUCCUGAUCGUGGAGCGCAUGUUCCUGCAGCUGCGGCACCGCUGCCCGGUUCUCCUGCGCUGCGUCAUCUACACGCUGUGGACGUACCUGUGGGAGUUUGGCACGGGGCUGCUGCUGCGCCAGUUCGACGCCUGUCCGUGGGACUACUCCCAGUUCCGCUACAACUUCAUGGGCCUGAUCACCGCUGAGUACGCCCUGCCCUGGUUCUGCGCCUCCUUUAUCGUGGAGCGGCUGGUCAUUCGCAACACGCUGCGGCUCCGCUUCGACGAGCACGCUGACCUGGCCGGCGACGACUGCCUCUCAGCCGUGGCCGGGGGGGGCGCAGGUACCGCCAAUGGGUACGUGAAGGUGGACUGAGGGUUGACCCCCCACCCUGGCUCCCUUCUCCCUCGCAGACGCCCCGAUUCCUUACACCUGCUGUGCUGGGGAGAAGAAGCGCCUUGGAGUCUGGGGUGGGGAGGGACAGCCUCAAACGAGAACCUUCGUUGAGGUUCCGGUCCACCUUGUUUUUGCAGGAAGAACUAUACAGUCCGACAUUAUUCGUUCGUACCUGUCCUAGAGACAAGCAAGGGGGCAGCAAGCCCCCGCCACCGUGAAAAGAGUGAAGGGAAUGCGGAUACAAAGUUGUAUCUGAUUGGAUGACAUAGAACCUCAGCAACAAAUUAUCUAUAGUUAUACUGGAAAAAGAUAUAUGCAUUCAAAAGAAUAUCAAUCUUUUAGAAGAGUAGCGUAGUAAACUUGGCAAAAAUAUUCUAGUAUGAAUUUUUAAUUUUUGGAGAUGUAUGUAUUAUUUAUUAAUAUUUAUCAAAAGCAGCUUGUAGCUUCAGAUUGUUGAUAUGAGGUAAAUAUUUACAAUUUACUCAGAUUCCAUCCACAAUCAGUGCUUAAUACUUGAACUGAGUCUCCAAAAUAUAUUUUUUCUUUUUAAAAACAAACAAAAAAAAAAAUUAUGGAACCUUUGAUGCUUGAAAAUGCAUGGCAUAUGGUAAGGUGAUCCCCCAUUUUAUACGCCAGGAUAUUUGAAAACGUUCAAGGAAGUUGAUAGAUUUUUUUUUCCCGAUAAUUUUUUUGAAAUCGUGAAGGUGUGGUGUAACAACAACAAUAUAGCAACAACAACAACACACAACAAUAAUAAUAAUAAUAAUAAAAUAACCCAAGAUCAGGAGUGUGUUACUUAGGUAAAUUAAAAUCAUCACAGGAGAGGAGAGGGAAACACAAAACAUAUAAUGUUUUGGUUUCAGGAAUAUUAUGUCAAGAUGAUAGAGGAAGCAGCUCCUAUAACCGUAAGCAAAACAAUGGUGUUUCAGUUGUUUCUAUCAAGUCCCAGUUCUACUCAAGGUGAAUAACUGCUUUAGAAUACCUAGUGUAAUCUACUCAGUACCUGUAGUAACUACUGAACCAGUUAAUGAACUUGGAUAAGUUUUAAAAACAUAUUGUUUUAGUGCUGUGACUUAGGUGAGUUCUGAACAUCCUGUAAAAUUUAAGAACAUGAUUGUCUCUUGUCUGGAUAACAACCAAAUACUGUCAUUCCCAAUAAUUGGUCUUGAUUUGAUCUCUUUGACUAUGGAUUUCUCCAGAUGGUUCUCAGGUUUAAACCAGGUUUAAUGAUUUAGGCACUUUCUAAUAACAUGCUCUGUAAAACGCUUUGUCCACUUUAUUAAUUCCAGGGGACUUUAGGACAGCAUCUUAAUUAGCCCGACCACAUAACUGUUUGCUUGUAUUCUGUGUCUCUUUUAGCGUGUUGUGUUUUGUCUCAUUUUCACCCCUUUGGUCCCUUAGGGAGUGUUUUAUGUGGUGUUUUGCAUUUUGCUGUUUCAGGCAAGUUAGUAAAAACAAUGAGAACAGGCCAGCUUUAUUCCCAGAAUCCACUCUCACAUGCCAUUUCCCAUAUUCUGAUGUAAAAUUUUUGUUGUUUGUUGUUCUGUUGGCUUUUGAAGUUUGUCAAACUUGCUGAAUGAGUUCCUGUUCUCAUCUUAGCUGUUGUUUGGAUGUUAACUUCACUGCCAAUGCCAUCUAACUUACUAGACAGUUACAUCUUCCUUUGUGUGUGUUGCAAAUAUGGUGGUCAUGUCUGGAAAACUCUUACUGUAGGGCUGUAAAGCCCUGUGAGAAUCACACAUUACAGACAUGUUUUUAUUGGAUGGAUAUUUACUCACAGAAUAAUCUAAUGUAUUUCAUGAAAUUAUCUUUCAACAGAGCAAUAUUAGGGAAAAAGAUAUUUUCAAAUAUUUGUUUUUGUUUAAACUGGGGGGAAACUGUGCAUGUACGACAGAAAAAUGGCUUCUUCAGUAUUAUUUCUGUAAUGAUAAAUUGGUUGGUUUAAAUGAAAAUUUCAUAUAGUGUUUGCAUUUUUCUUUGAGGAGUGCAGAUAUUUAAAGGCUGUGGUGAAACACAAAUACGAUGCUGUGUAUAUGAGUUUGUGUGUGUAUGAGUGUGUGUGCGUGUGUUUUUAUUUUUUGGAAUAAAAUGAUUAAAUUAA